UCGCGGAGCCAGCGACUGCAAGGCCCAAGAAGCACAUCCUGGGAAGGAAAAUGUAUUGGAGACCCCUGUGUGGAUUCUUGUGUCUUUGGCCCUAUCUGUUCUACAUCCAAGCUGUGCCCAUCCAGAAAGUCCAAAGUGACACCAAAACCCUCAUCAAGACAAUUGUCACCAGGAUCAAUGACAUUUCACACACGCAGUCGGUCUCCUCCAAACAGAGGGUCACCGGUUUGGACUUCAUUCCUGGGCUCCACCCCGUCCUGACCUUAUCCCAGAUGGACCAGACACUGGCAAUCUACCAACAGAUCCUCAUCAAUCUGACUUCCAGAAACGUGAUCCAAAUAUCCAACGACUUGGAGAACCUCCGGGACCUUCUUCACCUGCUGGCCUUCUCUAAGAGCUGCCACUUGCCCUUGGCCAGUGGCCUGGAGACCUUGGAGAGCCUGGGGGGUGUCCUGGAAGCUUCACUCUACUCCACGGAGGUGGUGGCCCUGAGCAGGCUGCAGGGGUCUCUACAGGACAUGCUGUGGCAGCUGGACCUCAGCCCUGGGUGCUGAGGCCUUGAAGGUCACUCUUCCUGCAAGGACUACGUUGAGGGAAGGAACUCUGGCUUCUAGGUGUCUCCAGGAGACCAUGACAGCUGGGUGCGGUGGCUCACAA